GGCACAGAACACACUAACCGAUGACUCCCAGAUCGAAGGCUUGCCAUGCAGGAAUAUCAAGAGGAACUGUAGUGGGUUUGGCUGAGACUGCUGUUAAUCAAUAGCUUGUAGACAACUUGCUGCCUUGGCUGAUGUGUGAAGAUCGGACACUUCGAUAUCGCCAAGGCCCUCACGUGUGUCAAUCACGGUAUGGGAAUGAAUGCUGCUUAGGGUGGAGCCCAACCCUGGGCAGUGGACAGUGUAUAAUUCCUGUUUGUUCCUUUGGAUGUGGGAAUGGUUAUUGCGUCGCACCCAACCUCUGUUUCUGCAGAGGAGGACAACAAGGAAUCUCCUGCUCAGAUGAUGGAAGGUCCACUCAUCAUCUCAGUGAUAGUAUACUCAACCACUCAGACAUUGAUGGAAACCCACCCUCAUGCCUGAACAUGCAAUGUGACCAAAGCUGCGCUCUGAUUGGAGGGAUGCCUGUUUGCAGCUGCUAUGGUGGUUACUCUCUGGGGAAGGAUGGGAAGACCUGCUUUGAUGUGGAUGAAUGUUCCCGAUAUGGGGGGCUAAGUCUUUGUCAGCAGAUCUGCAAGAACAACAUUGGCAGCUACAGAUGUCUCUGUUAUCAGGGAUACCAGCUCUUGGCCAAUGGGCGCACCUGCAUUACUUCAAAAUAUUUAGGCCUAACUGGAGUUUCUGGUCGCUGCGGGGAGUAUGGCUGCGACAUGAGCUGUAACCACGGUGGCUGUGAGGAAAUCUCUCGUGUGUGUCCUAUUGGCUUCACCAUGAUUGAGACAAGCAACGGAGUCAGCUGCAAAGAUCUCGAUGAGUGCACAGGAAACAGGUCCCCUUGCCAGCAGAGGUGUCAGAAUGUGGUGGGCAGCUUUAAAUGUUCCUGUCGGCCUGGUUUCUACCUUCACAACAAUGGGCAUUCAUGCACAGAUCUGAAUGAGUGCCGAUGGAUCGGGGAGAGCCGGGUUUGUCACCAAUCUUGUCACAACACCUUUGGCAGCUACCUCUGUUCCUGUCGUACUGGUUUCCGACUCCUGGCUGACAGGAGCACCUGUGAAGCAACUGACCUGCCCCACAUCGUACUAUCCUAUGCUUUCAGAGAAAAUUGGAACACAGUCCAAGUGUCUGAAGUUACUAAAGCCAAAGCUGGAAUGAUCAAAAUGAAAUGA